AUGUGCGUGGAGAUUACAGCAAAUAAAAGCCAUAGCCAUGAAGGUUUAGGACUGAGGAAGCUUUCUGAAAAAGUACCUGUCACAACAGAAAUACUCAACUUCAGCUUCAGUGUGCUGCCUUCCCUCCAGGAUUCAGCCUUCUCUGAGUUGAAGUUUCUUCUCUCCUUGUACUUAACAAGGUGUCAGAUCAACUGUUAUGAUGGCACCUUUCACAGCAACAGGCAGCUGAAGACAAUUGUGCUGACAGGAAACCUGCUCAUGUUUCUGUCUCAGUGUUUGCUGGCCCGCCUUCCCUGGAGAAGCUUAACACAGACAGGAAUAACCAGUAUGUCUUUCAUUCCAAUGACAAAUCUGGACGGUUUAGAUACCCUCAUCUUGGGCAGCAACCACAUCUCUUCACUGCAGCUUCUUCCCAGCUUUCCCACUCAAAACCUCAAAUACCUUGACUUUCAAACAAACAACACAGGAGCAAUCACAGCAGAAGAUGUGCAUGUUCUGCAGAAUAUCAGCAAUAUAACUCUCAUCUUUAAAGGCAAUGACAUUACAUACAUUGAACCUGGAGCCUUCCAGUCCCAUUUGAACUUCAGGGGCUGUGCUGACAUCUCUGGGGUCCUGGCAGGGAUAUAGAAUUCCACAGCCGAGACCCUUUGGCUGGGAACAUUUUGUGGUGUGGAAAAGAGCCCAGAUGUUUUACAAGGCCUCUGUAAUAUUUCUGUCAAGGAUCUCUAUCAGCUUAGGCAUUUCGGAAAUCUAAGUGCUGGCACAUUUCAGUGCUUAACCAAGCUCCGAAAACUGGGCCUAACUCAUAGUCAUGUAAGACAUAUUCCUGCAGGACUGUCAGAAACAGCCUUCUUGUCUGUAGCUGGAAAAAGAGCAGUCAAGAUCCCUUCCCAAACACUCUACACCAUACCUCCCUCAUCUGACAAAACUGAUGGAAAUUCUUCUCUCCCAGCAGAAGAUGACAUUCUUCUCCACUGA